AUGGAAGAGCUACUAUUAUCUCUUGUGUACAUUCCCAUAAAUGAAGAGUUAAGAAACAGUAGUAAUAUUAGUGAUAGAUUAUUAUAUGCAUCUUGGAAUAGUAUAUGGGGGGUUAAAUUUUUAAGAAAAAAAAUUUAUAAAAUGAUUUUUAAGUCUAUUCAUUUUAAUGUUGUAGAUCUUGAUAAAUCCCGUUAUGAUCAGUUUAAAGAUAAAUCAUAUAUAAAAACACUUAAGUGGUAUGGUGAUCAAAUACCAAAUAAAAAUGAAUUUCCACCAUUUUUGACAAAUUUAUAUUUGCACAAUUUUUCUAAAAAGUUAAUUUUUACUUUACCAAAUACAAUAGCUUCACUCACAUUCGGUGAUAGAUUUAACCAAUUAAUUCCACCUGGCACAUUGCCAAAUAGUCUAAAAACACUCACAUUCUGUACUAGUUUUAACAAAGAAUUUCCACCUGGCGCAUUACCAAAUAGUCUCACAACACUCACAUUCGGAACUAAUUUUAACCAAGUAAUUAAACAUGGCUCAUUACCAAAUAGUCUAACAUCGCUCACAUUCGGUCAUCGUUUUAACCUGGGACUUCUACCCGGAAUAUUUCCAAAUAGUCUCACAACACUCACAUUCGGUACUGAUUUUGACCAAGAAGUUCUACCCGGCACAUUACCAGAUAGUCUUACAUCGCUCACAUUCGGUGAAGACUAUAAUAAAUUAGUUUCACUCGGCACAUUACCAAAUAGUCUAACAUCACUCACAUUCGGCUAUUAUUUUAUUCAAGUACUUCCCCCCGGCACAUUACCAGAUGGUCUCAGAACACUCACAUUCGGAACUAAAUUUAACCAAGAAUUUCCACCCGGUACAUUACCAGAUAGUCUCACAACACUCACAUUUGGAGCUAGAUUUAACAAAGAAUUUCUGCCCGGCAUAUUGCCAAAUCGUAUCACAACACUCACAUUCGGUGAUGAUUUUAACCGAGUGGUUAAACCAGGCACAUUACCAAAUAGUCUCACAACACUCACAUUCGGUCAUAAUUUUAACCAAGUAGUUCUACCUGACUCAUUACCAAAUAACCUCACAACACUCACAUUUGGAACUAAUUUUAACAGAGAAUUUCUACCCGGCAUAUUGCCAAAUCGUAUAACAACACUCACAUUCAGUUAUGGUUUUAAUCAAGAAGUUAAACCCGGCACAUUACCAGAUAGUCUCACAACACUCACAUUCGGAACUAAAUUUAACCAAGAAUUUCCACCCGGUACAUUACCAGAUAGUCUCACAACACUCACAUUUGGAGCUGAAUUUAACAAAGAAUUUCUACCCGGCAUAUUGCCAAAUCGUAUCACAACACUCACAUUCGGUGAUGAUUUUAACCGAGUGGUUAAACCAGGCACAUUACCAAAUAGUCUCACAACACUCACAUUCGGUCAUAAUUUUAACCAAGUUGUUCCACCUGGAACAUUACCAAAUAGUCUCACAACACUCACAUUCGGUGCUAUUUUUAACCAAGUAGUUCCACCCGGCACAUUACCAGAUGGUCUCACAACACUCACAUUCGGCCAUGAUUUUAACCAAGUUGUUCCACCUGGAACAUUACCAAAUAGUCUCACAACACUCACAUUCGGUGCUGUUUUUAACCAAGUAGUUCCACCCGGCACAUUACCAAAUAGUAUCACAACGCUCACAUUCGGUCUUUGUUUUAACCAAGUAGUUCUACCCGGCACAUUACCAAAUAGUCUCACAACACUCACAUUGGGUCGUGAUUUUAACCAAUUAGUUCCACCCGGAACAUUACCAAAUCGUCUCACCACACUCACACUCAGAGAUAAUUUUAAACAAGAAUUUCCACCAGGAACAUUACCAAAAAUUCUUCCAACAAACAAUCCUACAUUUAAACAAUUAUUUCCACCAGACUCAUUACCAAAUACCAACAAAGUUUUAACAUAUAAAUUUUUCCCGGUUUUAAAUUAUGAUGAAAUGAUGUAA